ACGAGGCGUUUCCGUUUCCGGUGGCUGGCGCUGGAGGUGGGCGAGGAGCUGCGGCGGCGGAGCUACGGGAGGCAGCAGCAGAAGCGGCCGCGCAGCCCGGCAGGCCGCACGCACCCGCCGACGGAGCCCCAGCCGGCCGGCCGGCGGUCAGCCACCCUACCAGGAGCAGAGACAUGAAGGCAGGCUGCCCCAUUGUGGAGAAACCAGAAGGAGGAGGAGGCUAUCAUUUCCCUGACUGGGCAUACAAGACUGAAUCCAGCCCAGGCUCCCGCCAGAUCCAGCUGUGGCACUUCAUCCUGGAGCUGUUGCAGAAGGAGGAGUUCCGGCACGUGAUCGCCUGGCAGCAGGGUGAAUAUGGGGAGUUCGUCAUCAAGGACCCAGACGAGGUGGCCCGGCUGUGGGGCCGGAGGAAAUGCAAGCCCCAGAUGAACUACGACAAGCUGAGCCGGGCUCUCAGGUACUACUACAACAAGCGGAUUCUGCACAAGACGAAAGGCAAGAGGUUCACCUACAAGUUCAACUUCAACAAACUCGUGAUGCCCAGUUACCCCUUCCUGAACAUCCGCCCCACUGGCGCCGUGCCACAGAGCGCUCCUCCGGUGCCCACGGCUUCGUCCCGCUUCCACUUCUCCCUGGAGGGCCAGUCGCCCAGCGAGGAUUCCCAGCCGGGCUGCUUCUCGGGCAGAGCCCUGGGGCCGCCGGGCCAGGAGGUGCUCAGCAAUGGCAGCGUGGAUGAGAAGGUGUCUCCGGCGCUGGAGCUGGACGGGGCGUCGCCGGAUUGGCACCGCAGAGUCGACCUCCUGGCCACCCGCAACACGGCAGCCGCCCCGGGCACCGUCGGCCACCCGAAGCGCAAGUCGGACCUGGUGCUGCCCAUCUUCGGCCGGGCCAGCCUCUACCCGGACGCCCACAGCCCCUUCACCGGGUCGCCCCUCCCUCCCCGUGGGGGGGUGCUCAACGUGCCCCUCUCCCCCGCCCUGUCACUGACCCCCACCCUCUUCUCCUACAGCCCCUCCUCGGCCAUGAGCCCCUUUGCGCCCGGUGGCAGCAGCUGUUUCUCCUUCAGCCCUGAGGAGAUGAAGCACUACUUGCACUCCCAGGCCUGCUCCGUCUUCAACUACCACCUCAGCCCCCGGACCUUCCCGCGCUACCCGGGCCUGAUCAUCCCACCCCUGACCUGCCAGCCGCCCCACGAGGAGCAGCCCCCCUUCCCCAUCAAGCUGCAGCCCCCACCCGCCGGGCGCAAACACCGGGAGCGCCACGAGAGCGAGGGGGGCGGCGGGCCACCUCCGUCGCCCCCCCAAAUCAAGCUGGAGAGGCCUUUGGAUGAGGAGCUUGGCAGCACCGACUCCCCAGAGAGGGUCCUGGUGGGGCGGGAGGAGAGUGAGGGCUCGGCCCCUCCACCCCGACGCCCGGAGCUGCCGCGGGAGAAGAGGCUCUUCCUGCAUCCGGCCGCCCCAGCGUGGCCUGGCAUUUCCGUGGUGCCCAGCCUGGCCAAGAAGCUCAAGCAGGAGGAAGGGGCCACUGAGAAGCCCCCCGCGCAGGAGCUCGGGUGGGAGCUGGGGGCCCUGGAGAAGAGGGAAGACGCUGUCAUGCCACCCAAGCUGCGCCUGAAGCGUCGCUGGAACGGGGACCGGCUGGCAGAAGCCCCCGAGGAGACCCCCAGCAGGAAGCCCUCCUGGACCGGCAGCCUGGACACGCCCCAUAUCCUGCUGGCCCCCAAGGCUGCGGUGGAUACUUAGGACAGGGAGGGGGACGUGGGGCGGCUCCGAGGUGUAAUGUAGCAAGGUUUUCCUGGCUGGGGGGGGGGCAGGAGGAGGUUGAGGAGGGCUUCACUAAACUUGCGGGGUGGGGGGGGUUGCUUUGUGUGUGUGUGUAUGCGUGUGCACGCGUGUGCAUUGCAGGUGAAAUGCAGUUUUUCAUGUCCCGAGGGAGGGGGACUCCUUGGCUUGCAAAGCCCCCUCCUGGGCCAUUUCUGUGUGGCCGAUGCAGCAGCAGUGCCUCCGAUGGACCCGCUCUUGUUUCUUUGGGGGGGGGGGUGGUGGUAGCCCUGGGGGCUUCUCUGAAUCUCUCUUGUUGCUUUCUGGGUGGUCUCCCUUCCCAGUCAGAGCCAGGCUUCUCUCACGCUUGUGGAGGACGGUGUGUUGGGAGACAGAAUUUGGGGUGGUGGGGGCUGGAACAUUGCACUGUCUUUCCAGUUUGGGAGGCAAGAUGAAGCCGACAGCCCGCGGAGGGCUUAGGGGGCUGGUGGGGUGCUGGCUUGGCGGCCUGCAGAGCGAUUUUCAGAAAUAUUGGGAGCGUGGGGGGUGGGGUGUUUUCACCUUUAAAAUAAUCUUUUUUGACUGUAGAAGAAGCCAUGGCAAUUUCUGCUCUUGAACCUUCAGGGAUGUGGAUGGGAAGUGAAACGGAGACCCAGAUGCCUUUAACGCAGCCCUUCCUUUACCCCCUUCCUUCCUUCCUUCCUUCCUUCCUUCCUUCCUUCCUUCCUUCCUUCCUUCCUUCCUUUUCUCAGCUCUGGCCUUUGAGGUGGGGGUCCUAGACAGAGGGAUUGGUGAGCUCCGAGGAGAAGGCAGCCCGGGGCGGCUGUGCCCUUUUGUGACUGCCUUACUGUGGCCCCUUUGCGAGAGCACCCCUUGAGGACUGGGGGGGGGCUGCCGAGUGGAGGGAGUAGACAGAAGGGGGGUUGGUGGCCUCAGUCAUGCCAGGCUCUUUCCUGGGGGCUCUUUGUGGCAGGCAGUCUCAAUGGGCCCCUUUCCCAGAAGGACUUAAGGAUUCCGUGGAGAUCGGGGAGGCUCUAAAUGGGGCUGCCCUCUGGACACCUAUUCUGUUUAUUGGAGGCUUCUGUGCAGUUCGUUUGUAGCAUGUGAAGAAAGCCAUUGAGUGACUUGUGGGGGGCACGGAGGGGGGGUCUCUCUGCGGUGGGUCUGGUGUCCGGUCAAAAGCUCUUCCCCCCUUGCUUCAGCUGCCCCUUGCAUGUCCAAACCUUAGAGCCUUUCUGCUUCGUGGGGGGAGGAGGGGAGGGGAGGGGCUCCCGGGGCCCCUUCCCCCCCAGAGGAAGGGGGCUGGCCGUGGGGCCCAAAACUCAGGAACUGAAACGUGACAGGCCUCCUUCACCUGGGAGGUGCACUCUUUCCUUCUAUUGAACCCAAGUGCCAGAAGGGGUGGGGUGGGGGGGUCACGGGGUGGGGGACGCCUGUGUUCUUUGGGGAGAGGCAGGGCUGGGGAUUGGAGGCUAGCACCCUUGCCACCUUGUGCCCAUUGCGAUCUUCGCCUCCGGGCUUUGGGGGUGGGGGGGCUCCCCUGCACUGAGAGCUGCGGUGCCUGUUCAGGGAUACGAGGGCUCAGCUCUAGGGUGCUCCAGGGGCGGGGGGGGAGGGGGCUGCCAAGAGCUUACCAACACCUGAGAUGUGCCUCCUUCCCCAGCCCCAGGCAGAGUCGGUGGGGGCAGCGAAGCCCCUUCCCCUGGCGCGCUGUGUUGAGGGGCAUCCGGGCCUGCCAGGCCAAACAGCUCCUUGUGCCAAAAACUGAAUCCGCUGCGCAGGGGGGCGGGGGGGCAUCGGCAUCCCGUCUGCCGCUAAUCAAGGAAGCAUUCAUACUUUGGGGAAAUUGUUUUGAUGUGUUGUAGCCAUAGAAAAUCUUAGGUGGGUUUUUGCCGAGGCCCCCCCUCCCUCACCAGGACAUAGUAGGGUGUGGGCAGGGGGGCUGCUGCUUCUGGCUGUUAAAAGGCUGACCAAAUGCCCUUGGCAAGGGUAUUUUCAGUGCGGGGGGGGGAACAGAGUUGGGGGCUAAAGACCCAGAAGCCCCCUGCUGCUGCAGACCCCUUGGCUCCCCCUUGGGGAGGUGGGGGGAGACGGUGUUCUGGGUUCCCCUCGGAUGGGAAGAAUUUACCUCGAGGGUGGGGUGGGGUGCGGGGACUUCUCUUCUACCCCUGCUUUGCUCUGUCUCCUUUUCUUUUGCGCCUUAGGGAUGUGGCUGGACUUAGGGAGGGAGAUCCGGUCUUUGGUUCGAGGGGCAUCCCAUUAGGUUAUUUUCUUAGGAAAAAAAAUUUCAACUUUAGAGUGUUAAAAAGUGGCAAAGUAUUUACUGAUCACUCCUUUAAUAAAAAAGAAAACAUUUUUUUCCAUGAGAUGGCCCUGACUGAAGAACUAAACACAGCGGGGCAGCAGUUCAUAGCUUGAGGUAUUUGUCCAUGUAAAGCAGGAUUAAAAUUGUGUCUAAAAAAAAUGUAAGUAGUCCUCAUGCUUUUGUGCAGUGCCUUUAGACGUUCCACUUUCUAUAAAGUCUUCAAAAAAAAAAACUUUGCAUAUAUAUUAUAUAUAUGAUGUAAUGUUAUAGAAAUAUAUGUAUAAUAUACAUAUUUUUUCCAGGGGUAUCUGAUAGCUCUGUAUUUUGUUAUGGAAGUUGAUAUGAGAUAUUUUACCUCAAAUUUUAAAAAAAAAAGUUAAAUAAACCUUUUAAGUAAG